AAGCGGUUUCGGGCUCCUCCCCGUUUGCAGGACUGCGUACUCAGCAACCACCCAUUUCGAUUAAAGUAUUGCCAUACAUGUCACCUCUAUAGGCCCCCGAGGGCUACCCACUGUGGGACCUGUGAUACCUGCGUGACAAGAUUCGACCACCAUUGUCCGUGGGUCGGUACAUGUAUAGGUGGCGGCAACUAUCGGAUAUUUUAUAGCUUUAUCACUUGCACAGCUGCGUUGACACUCUUCGGGCUUGGUCUAUCAGUCGCUCAUCUGGUUAUCCUUUCUGACGACAAUGGAGGCUUCGUAGGUGGAGUAGAGGCAAGUCCUAUGACCAUAGUAGUACUGGUGUAUUGUGCCCUAUUCAUGUGGUUUACAGUGGGGCUCUUCCUCUACCACACUUAUCUGGUUCUCACGGCCCAAACAACGUAUGAGCAAAUUAAGGGGGUAUAUUCACUUUCGCAUGGUUGCAUCGACAAUCCCUAUUACCGAGGCCCUA